ACUCAUUUGAAGGGGUGUUGACAUACUUUUGUAUACAUAGUGUAUCAUGUAGUUGUCACACAACACAUUAAGCUAGAUUUAGCAAGUAUCCGUGACUCAUUGAUAUCAUUAACAAUUGAACAACAAUUGAAUACUGUCACUUGGCACAAAUGUGGGAAUAGCGUGUGUGUUAGUAGUUUCUCACAUUCAGAAGAAAGCCAAGUAUCACUUUCACACAAUGUGAGGUGUUGUGAUGAACUGCUGGCCGGGCAGAGAUCUCAGAAAAGCAGGUUUCGGGGAUCUGUGCUGAGAACAGGCUCCAGUCUAGACAAUGCAAGUACCACUUAACCUUAUGCCCAGCAAAUGUCUCACGCUUUUCAACCACAAAUUAUUAUGAAGAUCAUUCAUAAUAACAUGUAGGUAUAGCUAAACACAAGUACCUAAUGCAUGCAUUCUCAUAAAUCUGAACAAGUGGAAUUGAUCUGAAACAAUAUGCAAGGUACGCAGUCAAUACAGAUUUGGAAACUUCUCCGUGUGUUAUUUCACAAUGAAUAUCAGUCAAAGAUGCCACUUACUUUUCAAGGCAACUUUGGAAAGAUGCUGGUACACCUGUCGAAUAGAGAAUUUAUUGUCACCGCCUACUUUCAGCUCUGUGAUCUCGCGAUACCAAACCAAAAAGCCACGGAACCAUCAUGGCUGAGGAGGAGGUGGCCAAGCUGCAGAAGCACCUAGCCCUGCUGAGGCAGGAGUAUGUGAAGAUGCAGCAGAAGCUGGCUGACACAGAGAGGCGAUGUGCCGUGCUGGCUGCUCAAACCUCUGGCCAGGGCUCCACCAACACCUUCGGAACCGGGGCAGGAGACACCUUCAUCAGCCGUCUGCUUGACAUCGUGGCCCAGCUCUACCAGCAGGACCAGUACAGUGAUCUGAAGGUGACGGUUGGAGAGAUGACACUCAACGCUCACAAGUUUGUCCUGGCUGCUCGCAGUGAUGCCUGGAGCCUGGCCAACCUGGCCUCCACCUCAGAACUGGACCUGUCUGAUGCCAAACCGGAGGUUGCCAUGGCAAUGUUGCGCUGGGCCUACACAGACAACCUGGAGCUCAGCGAGGACGAUGCCUUCCUCAUCGACCUGAUGAAGCUGGCCAACCGCUUCCAACUGCAGCUGCUUCGAGAGAGGUGCGAGAAAGGGGUGAUGUCAUCGGUGAACGUGAGAAACUGUAUCCGGUUCUACCAGACGGCCGAGGAGCUGGAUGCCACAACCCUCAUGAACUACUGUGGAGAGAUCAUCGCCAGCCACUGGGAUGACCUGAGGAAAGAGGACUUCAGCACUAUGAGUGCUCCACUGCUCUACAAGAUGAUUAAGUCUAAAACGGAGUUCCCACUUCACAAAGCCAUCAAGGUCGAGAGGGAAGACGUGGUCUUCCUCUACCUCAUUGAGAUGGACUCGCAGUUGCCUGGGAAGCUGAAUGAACUGGACAACAAUGGGGACUUGGCCAUGGACCUGGCUCUGUCUGGUAAACUGGAGAGUAUCGCCACAACGCUGGUCAACAACAAGGCAGAUGUGGACAUGGUGGACCAGAGUGGUUGGAGCCUUCUGCACAAAGCCAUCCAAAGAGGUGACGAGUUUGCCUCCACUUUCCUGAUCCGCCACUCGGCCCAGGUGAACGCGGCCACGGUCGGCGCGGUGGAGACCCCCCUGCACCUGGUGUGUUCCUUCAGUCCCAGGAAGCACUCUGGGGACGUGAUGAGUGGCAUGGCCCACAUCGCUGAGGUUCUGCUCAAGACAGGGGCCAACCCCAACAUGCAGAACAGCAAGGGAAGAACUCCUUUGCAUGAAGCGGUGGUGUCGGGGAACGAGCCUGUGUUCAACCAGCUCCUGCAGUGCAAACAGAUGGACCUGGAGCUGAAGGACCAUGAGGGUAGCACAGCUCUGUGGCUGGCCCUGCAGUACAUCACCGUGUCCUCUGACCCCAACGUUAACCCCUUCGAGGACGAAGCUCUGGUGGUGGAGAACGGAACAUCGUUUGAUGAAAACAGCUUUGCAGCCCAGCUCAUGCAGAGAGGCAGUAACCCAGACGCACCAGACACCGCCACAGAGAACUGUCUACUGCAGAGGGCAGCAGGUGCAGGCAAUGAGGCUGCCGCCCUCUUCCUGGCCACACAUGGGGCAAAGGUCAACCAUGCCAACAAAUGGGGUGAAACCCCUCUCCACACGGCGUGUCGCUGUGGUCUGGCGGACCUGACGGCAGAGCUGCUCCAACAGGGGGCUAACCCUAACCUGCAGACCCAGAAGGCCCUCCCCGAUGAGGCCCAGGGGGUGUCCCUACAGAGCCCCCUCCACAUGGCCAUUGUACACAACCACCCUGACGUGGUGUCCGUCAUCCUGGAGCAGAAAGCCAAUGCUCUUCAUGCCACCAACAACCUGCAGAUCAUCCCAGAUUUCAGCCUCCUAGACUCCAUGGACCAGACGGCGUUGGGUCUAGCCCUCUGGACAGGUAUGCACACCAUAGCAGCCCAGCUCCUGGGUUCUGGGGCAUCCAUCAACAACACCAUGUCCAACGGUCAGACCCUGCUCCACAUGGCCAUCCACAGACAGGACAGCAAGAGUGCUCUGUUCCUUCUGGAACACCAGGCUGACAUCAACGUCAGGACCCAGGAGGGAGAGACGGCGCUGCAGCUGGCCAUCAGUAAUCAGCUUCCCCUGGUGGUGGACGCCAUCUGCACGCGGGGGGCGGACAUGUCCGUGGUGGACAAGAGGGGGCACCCCCCUCUGUGGCUGGCCCUGGAGAAUGGCCUAGAGGACAUCGCCUCCACGCUGGUCCGACACGGUUGUGACGCCACCAGUUGGAGCUCUGGUCCCUCAGGCUGUCAGCAGACUCUCCUCCACAGGGCUGUGGAUGAGAACAACGAGGUCACCGCCUGUUUCCUCAUCCGCAGUGGUUGUGAUGUGAACAGCCCGCGGCGGCCAGGCCCUAACGGGGAGGGGGGUGAGGAGGCCAGGGACGGACAGUCACCCCUCCACCUGGCAGGCAGCUGGGGGCUGGAGGAGGUGGUACAGUGCCUUCUGGAGUUUGGAGCCAACGUCAACACACAGGACGCAGAGGGCCGAGCUUCAAUCCACGUUGCCAUUAGCAGCCAGCACAGCGUCAUCAUCCAGCUGCUCAUCUCCCACCCGGACAUCCGUCUGAACGUACGUGACCGCCAGGGCAUGACCCCCUUCGCCUGCGCCAUGACCCACAAGAACAACAAGGCUGCAGAGGCCAUCCUCAAGAGAGAGCCUGGGGCUGCCGAACAGGUGGACAACAAAGGGCGUAACUUCCUGCAUGUGGCGGUGCAGAACUCCGACAUCGAGAGUGUUCUGUUCCUGAUCAGUGUCCAGGCCAACGUGAACUCCCGUGUGCAGGACGCUGCCAAGCAGACCCCUCUACAUCUAGCUGUUCACGCUGCCUCCGAAAUGAUCGUCCGUAACCUGCUGCUGGCCGGGGCCAAAGUGAAUGAGCUGACCAAACACAGACAGACCGCUCUACACCUGGCAGCCCAGCAGGACCUGGCCACUAUCUGCUCUGUGCUGCUGGAAAACGGAGUGGACUUCACCGCUGUGGACGAGAAUGGCAACAACGCUCUGCACCUGGCCGUAAUGCAGGGUCGGCUUAACAAUGUGCGAGCCCUUCUCACAGAGUCCAACAUCGACGCAGAGGCCUUCAAUCUCCGGGGCCAGUCACCGAUGCACGUCCUGGGGCAAUAUGGGAAAGAGAAUGCGGCGGCCAUCUUUGAGCUUUUCUUGGAGUGUAUGCCCGAGUACCCUCUGGACAAAGUGGACAAUGAAGGGAACACCGUUCUGUUGUUGGCCUACAUGAAGGGCAAUGCUAACCUGUGUCGUGCCAUCGUGAGGUCUGGUGCACGUAUGGGCCUCAACAACAACCAGGGAAUCAACAUCUUCAACUACCAAGUUGCCACCAAGCAACUGCUCUUCCGCCUCCUAGAUAUGUUGACCAAAGAGCCCCCGUGGUGUGAUGGAUCAAACUGUUAUGAAUGUGUUGCCAAGUUUGGAGUCACCACAAGGAAGCAUCACUGCCGUCAUUGCGGCCGCUUGCUCUGCCACAAGUGUUCUAUAAAAGAGAUCCCCAUCAUUAAGUUUGACCUGAACAAGCCGGUGAGGGUCUGUGAUGUCUGCUUUGACGUGCUGACUCUGGGUGGGGUGUCCUAAUGCAGUGGACAGCCUGCUCCUCCAUCCUUCUCUCCCUCCAUCUUCCCACCACCCCGACACCAUAGGCUGGGCAACAACAAGAGAUCGAGUGACUCGGCAGUGGCAGCCAGGGCUAGUUAUUGGACAGAGUUACAGACCGACCACAACCUCUGUACUAUUCAUUCCAGUCUAUCAAAACAUGUUAUCUAAUGUUCCAAUAUUCUUAAGAAGUAGAAUAUAAAAACUUUUUUUUUUAAAUCAAAUGAAUCACAAAGUGAAAAUUGGAUAAAAAUGAAAGUAGCUUGGCUUGACUCAAUGACUCCUGGACUGGACUGGUUGGGGAGAGGUAGAUGUUAAUCGUAUUGUCAUGAUUUGACUCCUGAUAUCAUUCAUCAGGUGUUUGAAGGAAUCAUGAGAAUCAUUGAUGAACUUGUGACGGUGUCAGAUUGUGUCAGUGAUGAACGUGUAAUAGUGUCAGAUUGAAUCCGUGAUGAACAUGUGAUUGUGUCAGUGAUGAACAUGUAAUGGUGUCAGAUUGAAUCCGUGAUGAACAUGUAAUGGUGUCAGAUUGAAUCAGUGAUGAACAUGUAAUUGUGUCAGAUUGAAUCAGUGAGGAACAUGUAAUGGUGUCAGAUUGAAUCAUGAGAAUCAGUGAUGAAUGUGAUGGUGUCAGAGCCCUAACCCUGGUCUCGGUUGAGAGCAGACAGACAGCAUGUGUGCAGCAGCCGAGCUGGCCUACUCAUCAAAUGAAUCCAUCACUGCACUGUGCUGGUGAGACAGGAAACAGCAGCCGAGCUUGCUGCCCUCUUAAGACCUGCCCUGCGUUACAAUCAGCUGACCUUUGUCCCGAAAUGUGCACUUGUUCACUUCCCUUCAUGGAUUCAGAAGAAAAAGGACUGCUAUAAGAAAUGUUAAUUUUCUGUAUUUUCUCUUAGCUGUUGGCUGUGUGGCUGGUUCUAUAUGAAGAAGAGACGGGUUGGUUGGAUUUUAAGGGAAUGGAGUUGACUAUUUUUCAUAUACAAAAAAAUACAUCUAUUUGAAUUGAUGAUUCAAAUGUUCAUGAAACACUAAUUGGGUUAAAUAUAUUGCUUAAUUAACUCAAUACUUAAAGUGAGACCUCUGCUUUAAAAAAAUAAAAUAAAAAUCUUUGUGAGAUUAUAUUCACAUGAUUUGAAAUGUAACGGAAUAAAACAACCUCCGUAAGUGUUUCUUGACCACAUGGUAAAGGUUUAUAGCAUCGGUAAGUGGGACUAGGCACUCAACUAUCACGUGAGGUGUUUUCUAUCAGAACUGGAAAGGCUGAGAACAUCUUUACCGUUGAGGAUUUGUUAGUCCCAAAAUGCAAAAUAAUUAUUGCUUUGAAAUUUUUACUUACGAUAAAAUACCUAUUAUGCUUAUGCAUGUCAAUUUAAUUUGUAGCCUAUACUUUUGUAUUGUCUUAUAAUCAUUGUGAAUUGUGUCUGUUUCCCAGACCACCAAAGUGUACAUUCCAAGUCCAUGAAAUCUGGGUCUUUAGUAAGGUGGUGUUGUUGGGGGGGGGAUUUAUAUGUAACAUGCUCCAAUUGGUAUUGCCUCAAGUGUUGUCUUGAUCUGCCAGGCUAGUUUCCCAGACCCAGAUUAAGAUGAGUCCAGGACAACAAACAAAAAAGCACUUUCAAUGAACAUGUUCAGGCCUUUAGUCCAGAAAACCAGCCUGUAUGUUUUAAUGCGUCUGGAUUUCAAAACCUAACAGGUGCACUUUAUCAAAGAUCACAUGACAUUUCUGACAUAAGGGGAGAGAAUGUGAGAGGAGUUGGUGGCCAUUGGUCUGUCAGUGGUCCACUAUAAGCAUUGUUAAAUUGUACAGAAAUGUAUAAUAUUUUUGACCACUACAACUGUUUUGUACUUAAUGCAGUUUGUGCUUUUUUUUGUUUGUGACAAAACUGAAAUGUUUGCCUCUGUUAAUCUUUUCUGAACGUUGUGUUCUCUCUAUGUGCAGAUAUCUAGCCCGUGUCUUUUUUAGAGAGAGAGAGAAAAGGGAGGACGACUUUUCAUAAAGUUAAUCAAAAAUAAAACACAGAAUCUUGUU